AUAUAAGUCCUUAAGGACAUUCGUUUCGUCUGAUACGUGCAAGUUUCUUGUGCGGAAGUGUUCUCCGAUAUGUAUUACCUGGUAGUGGUAUUAAUUGUGUGCAUUGUUUACUCGGCCGAAUCGUCUGGAGUGACCAUCGGAAUUCAGUCUUACUCGCGACCGAUUGAACACCAGUAUUACUCCCAGGAUGCUUUAGGAUCAUACGUGUACGGCUACAUCACUCCUCAUAGUACGAAAACAGAAUUUCGGACGCACGACGGUGUUACAAAAGGUGGAUAUUCGUACAUCGAUCCAAAUGGUGAGGUGCAAACAGUAGAAUAUACUGCAGACGCCAAAAAUGGCUUCAGAGUAGCAACAACUAAUCUGCCCAAGGAUGAUCCAGACGUAGCUUACGCAAGGCAUAAGCAUUUUGAAGAAUUUGAAAGAAUUAAAGCCGAACAUGCUGCUUUAGCUGCUGAACAUGCCGCUCUAGCUGCUAAACUUACUCAAUUGACCGAAAGGGAUUGGAGCCAAGGAUCCAUACAGAAGCUUUUGGGAAGCGUUCACGUUUCUCAUAGUCAGGGGCAUGACAAUUCUGCUUUAGAACGUGCGAGAAAUUUACACGAACAGGCCUACAGAGCUGCUUUAGAUGUACAUCAAAAAGCAGCAUUAUUUAAUGAACGCAGCCAUUGGGUAGAGAACCAAAACCGUCACGAUGAUCAAGAAGGUCAAGAGAAAUGGGAAGAUACGUGGGAAGCUCAGAAACUUAGGGAUCAGGAACAACAACAAAACACUGAAUCAAACAAUGAUCGUGUACAAGAGCACUGGAUAAAUCAAGGAUGGAAUCUAAACACUGAUGAACAUCGCGCAGCUAUUGAAGCCACUAUAGCUGCUGAAAAAGGACUCAUAGAACGUGCUAACGAAGAGCGGAAUCGUCAAAUUCAAGCCUUACAACAAGCACAACAGUUGUACCAAGCAUCGCUAUCGCGUUUACAAGAAACCAGGGUCCAUCAACAUUCUAUCCAACAAUCGUCUAGUGAAGCACAUCAGGAAGCAGCUAGACGUCUUGAGGAAGCGCGACUACGACAAGAGGAAGCUGAUCGACAGUGGAAUACAAUACGUAAUAAUCAAAAUCAAUGGAAUACUGGAAAUCAAGAUGAUCAGCAUCGGACCAAUUACGAAGCUGUAAUUAGAGCUGAAAAAGAGCACAUCGCUAGGGCUCAAGAAGAACGAAACCGUCAACUUCAAGCCUACCACGAAGCAAUUCAACGUUACAGAGAAUCAGAAUCACGUUUAGAACAUACUAGAAAUGAACAAACUGCAGCAUAUCAGUCCGCACUGGAGGCUCAUAGGGAUGCAUCACAACGCUUACAAGAAAUUGCUCUCCAGCAAGAGAAGGCUGAAAGUUAUUGGAACAGUGUUCGCAACAGUCAAGAUCACAAGGGAGCUUAUGAAGCUGCUAUAAAUACAGAUAGACAAAAAAUUGUUCAGGCUAACGAACUGCGCGAUCGUCAACUUCAAGCUUAUCAACAAGCGCAACAAAGUUAUCAAGAAUCCGCGAGAAGACUCGAAGAAAGUAAGCAACAACAAAGGGAUGCUUACAACGUUGCUUUAGAAUCACAUAGGGAAGCCACCAGACUUCUACAAGAAACACAACAACAAAAGGACGAAGCAGAGAAGAAUUUAUACAGACAGUCAUGGGAUCAACAAAACGAACAUCAGCAUCACGUCGCAGAAGAUCAAGUGAGAAUUGUGACAGAAGCUAGGAAAAGAGCUCUAGCAGAAGCAGAUCGCGCAUUCAAUGAGUUUACCUCAUCUCAUAUUUCAUCAAACAAUCUAAUUCGAAACGAUGUUCCUCUGAGGGUAAAAGUUUACGCCCCUGUAGAGGUGGUUGGAUCAAACAAAGGAGUAACACCUCAAGGACUAGACCUAUACUCUUAUGGAUCUCUCAAAAUACCGGAAAUAAAAGCGACUGGGGGUUACUCUUUUAUCGACAAUAACGGGGUGUUACAAACAAUGCAGUACGUCUCAAACCAUCUUAAAGGUUUCAGAAUAUCCGACGUUAAUUCCGCUUUAGAAUCAAUUACGAACGAAAAUCGCAAGACUACUGCUCCGACGCAGAAAGUUCAGGCAGUUGAUCGGCAGGUUGAAGAAAUUACGCCACAAAUACAUCAAGAGGUGAAAGAAGGUUCUAUACAAGAGAGCGCAGAUUGGGAAGGUGACAGUGCUUCUUAUUCCACAGAAAUAAAAUAUAAAUAAAUAUAUUGAUGUUCCAUUUGAAUGUAAAUUAUGCUUCUUUUAUUAUUACCUUAAUUAAGGCAGUAAAAGAAAAUUGCGAGUAAGUAAAAGAUAAUCUUAUCAACGAA